AUGGUUGAAGAAGGCAAAAAAGGUUUACUACAUAUCUUUGCAGGUUAUGCGGUUGGAGGAGGACAUGUAUUGCAUAUGGUUUGUGAUUUAACAAUAGCUGCUGACAAUGCCGUUUUUGGCCAGACAGGUCCAAAGGUUGGAAGUCUUGACGCAGGUUAUGGAAGUUCCAUCAUGUCUCGUUUGGUCGGGCCGAAAAAAGCACGUGAAAUGUGGUUUCUAGCUCGAUUUUACAAUGCUUCUGAAGCAGAGAAGAUGGGGCUAGUGAACGUCGUAGUACCGGAUACUACUAUGGAUGUAGGGUGGCAGCAGUCAACCUCGUCGGCAAUACAAGCCGAAGGAAUGUCUCGCUUCACUGCUGUCUAG